AUGCCGCCCAAAGUCACCAACGCCACUACUUUCAACGCGGCCGCUGGCAACACCAGGAAGGGCCUGUCUCACUCGAUUCACGGCCCACAAGCCGACGAUGGCCCUCAGAUACGACCGACACACUUCAUCAUUCGCGAGGGAAGCGACAGCCCAGGGGCUAUUGUACCCGUCAUACCAGUCGACCUUCUCCCAGACUAUGUGACCAUCGUCGGCCUGCCACGUACACUGACCAUCAACGACACCACCGGCAUGUCGAAUCUGGGCACAUUCGCCAAGCCGCAGAGUCACUUUCAGCUACAAUUCGUAUCCCCAGCGCAUGAUCGUCCCACCGGAGGAAGUCCCGAGAGCCGAGAUUCUGGCCGUCCUCUCGAACCCCAGCGGCUGGGACCUGACGCUGCAAAGGUUGGCAAGCAGUCUCAUGUAACAAAGCGCGGCGGUGUCACUGAGUCUUCAAAGUCAGCUGCCUCGCAACCAACUCCCAAAAUCAUGACCGACGUCUCUCCACUCGCUCCUCCCCCUCUCCCACCCCGGGUCCUCGACUGGGCCGAAGACGACACAGACUCGGUCUCGACAGACAACUUCUCCUCGGCCGAGCUCUCCGCGCCAGACUCCUCGUCAAAGUCCUCCUCCGGCUGCAGAGACAAACGAAAACCGCUCCGACGAGUCCCGGUCACGGCUGCGGCCGCCAUCAAGGAGAGAUCGGAUGCCGAGAUCGCGGAGCGUAUGCUCGAGCUUGGUCGCAUCCAGCAGCAAGCAGUCGCUCGCAACCACCAUCACCAUCCUGCCCAGGCCCUGAAGAUGGCCGCAGCAGCGGCGGCGGCGGCGGCGUCUCACAGCAGUGACGGCAGCACCAGAACCAGCCCCAGUGUUGCCGCCGGAACCUCGAAGCCUACCCCUCCUAAGCUCACCGCAGGGAAGCAAAAGGUAGUCCGGCCGGACGGCAGCCUCUGCCGGCACUGGUGCCAGACGGGCCAGUGCAGCUGGGGCAACGAGUGUCGCUACACGCACCAGAUGCCCCUGACGCUCGAGGGGCUCGCGGACGUCAACAUGACGGAGCUGCCGUCCUGGUGGCGCAAGCAGGCCGGCUUGCCUGCUGAAGGGACCAUUGACCCGCGCAUCUUUGCUGUCGCCACCGUUGCCACCGGUCUAAAGAAGAGCAGCAGCAGCCCCUUUCCGGCGGCAGUAGGCGUCUCUCACACUGCUCCGCCGCCGGUGGCUCUUGAGUCGUCAAGGAAGGUUGCUAGGGUGAAGCCGGGAAAGGCUGAGAGGAAGAUGGCGAGGGAGCUUCGUGGCGCGCAGUUUCGGGUCGAGAGGACGCAGGCGACAAUGUCAUCUCCAGUUGUUGCUAUUGGCAGUAAAAAGAAACUGAGUUUAAAGCGAAUGCAGAGUCAGACAAUGGGGAUUCGGCAGAUUGACGAGGUUGUUGAGAAGCUUGUGGAUAUUUGA